AUAAUAUUUUCUUCAACUUUUCUCAUUUUUAAAUAUGUGUAGACCUUUUCAAAGAUUUAAUUGCUUUGGUUAGCUAGUGCUUUGAUUCAUUAUAGUUUUUCUCAUUUUAAACUAUAACUGUAAAUUUUUAAAUAUUGUGGCUCUAAAUUAUAAUUUCAAUUAUAAAUGAAAAUCAAUAAAUGAAACUCAAUUACGAUCAAGGCUAACCGACGCAAUUAUGUCUAGAUGUAUGCUAAUUAUCUUUCUGCAGCUUAUUAAACUAUGCGUCGUAGCAUACUGAGCCAAUUAAAAUGCUGCCAUUAGCAUUCCUUUAUUCCUCUUUAUCUCCCUUGAAUACUAUCCUAUCAAAAUUUUAUUCCAGUGAUUCGCUAAUAAACUUUAUCCGCAAUCUCCACAUGAUUCACAUUACAUCAUUUUACAGUUUACGGCAGCUGUGGAGUGUUUCCACUUUUCGGCGACAUGAACGCCAUAGUCUGGUCCGCGGCAGUACUCGUUAUGUAAAUUAUUUUCCCAGGUGUUACAAUAAGAUGAGCUUCUUUCCGGACACCGAACACUCUGUCUGGUGCACCACAAACAGUACACUGCGCGGUCUAGAUGGCAUCGAAUUCGUGGUCGCCUGUUGCGAUCAUUCUGACUACUGCAAUCGCGAUCUAAGGCCUUUCUUUCCUACUCACGAGUCCAGAGUGUCGAGUGACGACGCGACAUGGGUUACCUGGAAAAUAGCCUUGACGAUAGCACUACCAAUAUGCGUGAUCUGCAUGGUCGUGAUGGCAGUCUAUCACAUACACAUGACCAAAAAGAGGCCGGCUAGGCACUUUCCGGACGACUCGCUGGAGGCUCCGGACCGACCAAUUCUGGGCGGCGUCACUAUCAGGGACAUGUUGGAGAUGACUACGAGUGGCAGCGGCUCAGUAGGCCUGCCACUUCUGGUACAACGGAGUAUAGCGCGCCAGAUUCAGCUGGUGGAAACGAUCGGAAAAGGCCGCUUCGGUGAAGUCUGGCGCGGUCGUUGGCGCGGCGAAAACGUCGCCGUGAAGAUCUUCAGCUCGCGAGAGGAGAGAUCCUGGUUCCGAGAAGCCGAAAUUUAUCAGACGGUGAUGCUGAGGCAUGACAAUAUUCUAGGUUUUAUCGCUGCCGAUAACAAAGAUAACGGCACGUGGACACAGCUGUGGCUGAUAACGGAUUAUCACGAGAAGGGCUCGCUCUUCGAUUAUCUCAACAGAUCGACCGUCGACACGAACGGUAUGAUAAGGAUGGCCUUGUCGAUCGCCACUGGGUUGGCGCAUCUUCACAUGGAAAUAGUCGGCACGCAAGGCAAGCCGGCCAUCGCUCAUCGGGACCUGAAGUCAAAAAAUAUCCUCGUGAAGACUAAUGGUACCUGCGCCAUAGGCGACCUCGGAUUGGCCGCCAGGCACGACGUAAUCACGGAUACCGUCGACAUUCAGCUCAACAACAGAGUCGGCACGAAGAGAUACAUGGCGCCUGAGGUUCUUGAAGAGACGAUAAACAUGAACCACUUCGACUCGUUCAAGAGGGCCGACGUGUACGCACUCGGUCUGAUCCUCUGGGAGAUCGCUAGACGUUGCAAUGUCGGCGGGAUUCACGACGAGUAUCAGCUGCCCUUUUACGACUUGGUGCCUUCCGAUCCAACUAUCGAGGAAAUGCGGAAAGUCGUGUGCACUGAUCGACAGCGACCGUCGAUUCCGAAUCGAUGGCAAUCGAUCGAAGCUCUGCAAGUAAUGUCGAAAGUAAUGAAGGAAUGUUGGUAUCACAAUGCCGCCGCCAGGCUAACCGCACUCAGGAUCAAGAAAUCGCUCGCUAAUUAUGGCGCUAUAGACGACCUGAAAUAGAUUAAGGUGUGUCUCGCCGAGCUCUUCGACGGGAAAAACGACAAAAAUCGGAUGAUUGGAUCAUGUAUGCGAAACGUUGCUACUUAGAAAUUUGAAAACGCGAUGGCGCUUCCGGCUGGAUGAAGAAAUAUUUCGCGAAGUCGAGAAGAAUCGAGAGCACAGACCGGCUGGAGUUACGAGAUUCUUCCUCGUGUGAGAUUGGCCUCGACCGUCGAGUAAAAAGUACUGUAUGAAUAGAAUUGGUAUCGCUUUGUGCAGAAUCGUGAGCAGAGAAAUAGAAUGGAUUUUUAUGCGUGUUGAUUGUUUCAAACGAUCGGUAUAGCGCGCGAGCUAUAGGAAGAAACAUUAUUUCAGUCCCGAUAUAUCGCGGCCUGAUGAUCGGUCACUCUGUUGAAUGAAUGGGUCAACAGGCAAUUGCAAUACGCGUUCGGUUAAUCGAACGAUCGCUCAAUUACGCGUCACACACAUUGACACACGCGAACACUGAUACAUAAAAAAAAAAACACCCCGCAGCAUAUUUAUUACGAUAAUGCUAAGAUAAUGAAGUAUACAAAUUUAUUAUAUAGCAUUUAUUAAUACUAAUGAGUAACAGUACUCGCAUAUACACACGUAUAUAAUUAUAUAUUACAUAUAUAUACAUAAAUAUAUAUAUAUAUAUCCCCCGUUAUAUCUUGGAGUAGUCGAUUCGAUUAACCGAACUAUUGUUUGAGCGAUCUUACAAACAGGUUAUCUCAGUGAUACGAUCAUUGUGCUCGCGUAAAGUAUGUCGAUUUCGCUGGAAGUAAUCAGGAUGUCGCGCAAGAUUUAAACGUAUCAAUUCAGCUUAGACUGGACGUGUCGGCAGCUUAUGCGCGAAGAAAGUCACAACGGAAUAACAUUUUUUUUUAUCUCAGUUCCGAAAAUUUACCGUAAAAUAUUUGCAAUUUUAUCGGCGCAUGCAGAGAUCAGAGAUUACAUUAUACAAUAGAAUCAUAUGUAUGGUAUAGGGAUCCAGUAGACAAGAAACAUUAGAUCAAUAUUUCAAAAUAUUGAUCUAUUUUAUAUAAAUUUUAUCAACAUAUUUAUGUAAUAUUUUGUAAUAUUUAAUAUUUAAAAAAUGUUUUAAUAGUAUUAUUCCAAAUAUUCUAUAAAUGUUGCUCUGAUUAAUAAGAUUACCGCAUUAUUUGCAACGAUAUUUCACUUUCAUUUCAAUAUUAAAUUUCUUUAGAAAUAUGAAAUUUCUAGAUGUGCAUCAAAGUUUGUGUACAAUGAUGCUAUGUGCAAUAUUAAGAACUACAUCCCAGAAAAGAUCAGUCCGUCGAAUCGAUGUCUGGGAUUGCUGAAAUAAUAUUUUGUUUACUGAGAAACCUACACCAUACAAAAGAAAUACACGUCUUUUGGUUUUUCUUUUUCUGGAAAAAAGUGCCGAGUUCGUUGAUAAAAAUGAUCAUACAGGGUAGAUAGGAAAACCGGACAACCGAUUGGUUAACGUUGUCCAAUAGAGUCGGAUAAUUCGAAUAAAACGGAUCUUCACGUCGAAGACGGGAAAUUCUCCAUUUAGUGAAGGCAUCAGCAUUCACUGAUGAAAUUCAUUGACGGGAUAUGUUGCUAAAUAAGAUGUGCUCACCCUUCCAGUGUGAGGCGUCGUGAAACUUUGGCACAUCGUCCGGUUUUAUUUGUCGACCCUAUACGUAUACUCUUAGUAUAGUAUGUAGAUACAUACGAAUGUUUUGCUCAAGAUAAAUAUUUUUGCGUGAUCAUUACGGGAAGUGAGCGCGAUACGCAAAUGGUACGGCGAGGCUUUUGAGGUGUGUUUUUCUUUUGUAAUGCAGGAAGAAGGCUGAAAUUGAUAUUGAUAUUAAGCUCAAAAGCGCGCGUGUAUCCGUGUGGAUGAAAAGAAAUACGAGAAUGUGAGCAACGUGUGAGAAUGCGGCGGGAGUUGAACUUAGGGCCGGUACAAGAGAAAGAGGAAAAAGUGAAAAACAAAUUUGAUAAAAAAAAAAGAGAGAAAAAGAGAAUCAUUGGAGGAUCCAUAUUUUCGGGUAUUUUUUGCGUGGAAUAAAGAAAAGUACGAAGUAUAGCGACGAUCGGUAUCGGUUGCGUAUAUCAGACGGGCGGAUGUAGUUAGGCAAGAAGAAAUCAACUGAUAUUUAACAAAUAUAGUGACAACUUUUGAGACAACUUCUUGAACGUGUUUGCUACUUCAUCACUUUUAAUAAUGCGAACCUUUUUAACAAAUAAAGAAUGCCGCGGAGAAAUUUUCUGCGGCAUAUGUUUGAAACUGAAAGAAAUAUUAAAGAAAAGUUUAAUGUUAAAAUGUAGCUCUUAAACAGUAAGUGUAAGAUAAUAUAAGAUUUUAUGUAUAUAAGAGAAUAAUAACGUAUAUUUAAGAGAAAUUAAAUGGAGAAGCAGUAUUUUCAAGGUUGGUUUCUUCUAGCUCGACCAUGUCGCAAGUGCUCUUUGGAUUAUUUCCAUUCGUAUUGCGUUAAACCGACGUUGAAGAAAUUUACCCGUUUGUCGAAUGCCGUUUUAUAAACUUUUUUCUUUUAACGUAAAACUUCGAACGUAGAACCUUCAGAUGAAUUUACAUCCACGCGCUAUAUUUCAAUAUAUGGAUUGAAAAGCAAUCGUAGUGCUUGAGGUAAGUAUAUAACUUUGAUAUACCGUGAGAUACUAAGAAUGCGACGAGUAUGCGUAUGGGAUGUCUCUUUGUGAAACAUAAUUAUAAUUCUCGACGAAGAGCAGGAGAAACUGUCCGCGAACAGAUUCUUCUCUUCUCCAACGGAUUAUCGUAUCGGAUAAUAGAGUGUAUAGUGUAUACUUCUUUGACAAAGUGAGAGAGGACUAUGAAAAGACGAUUUAUUCGGAGUGAAAGAUAGGAAGCGAGCAAAGCGUGCGACAGAAUAAUAUAGGAGAGAGCAAAUAAGAAUCUUCGUCAUCCAAUAGUCAACGUAAAAGUCUGCGAGGUUACAAUUAUCAUUAUUAUACUGUAGACGGAAGAACGGAGGAUCCUUCGAACACAUAAUCAUAUUUUUGUAUUGUUUUUUUACCGGUGAUGACGAUCGAACGUCGUACUAAUUUUCCCCUUCCGUUUUUUACAUGCUCGCAACGUUCCGACCCAGUUGUAUAUGAUUUCAUAUAACGAGGGCACUACACUUAACAUAAAUCAGUGCCGAUAGUUCUUAAUUGAUGUGACAAACCCUAAUUUAAAUGAUGUCAUUAAAUUCGUAAAAUUUUAUAGGAAACUUUUUUUUCAGGAGUAAAGAAUAAUUAUAAUAAAAAAAUUUUGAUUUCAGUAAAUUGUCUCAGAAUUAAAAUCUAUCAGUGCUAAUAAUUGAAAUCAAAUAUUUACUAGCAUUUUCAUUGAUAAAAACAAAAAAUAUAUAUUUAUAAAUUUUGGACACCAUUUUACAUAUUUAUUGGAACAGAACAUUAUGAUACUUUACAAUUUUAAACAUUUAAUAUCAUUAGUAAUUAAAUGUGUCGUCGCGCAAAUUAAGAACGAACAGCACUGUAAUGAUGCAAUAGAAAUAUGCGCUGUAAAUAGAUAAAAUAUGUCUCUAAAAAUUAAUUUUGUACAUUAGUAUUCGUGUUUUUUUUUAAUGCAAACAAGAUAAGACGAAACAAUUAACAAGAUUCAUUUAUCCUGGAGUGACGUUACAUGUUCGUUGCGGAUUGCAAUUUGCCGAAAGACUGAAAAUCUACGAUUGAUUAGUAAAUAAUAAAUAAGAUUAAAAAAGGCAUCUACUUUUACCUUCAAGUUAAAAUCUUGAUAUUAACAUUCAGAAUAGUUUUAUUUA